AUGCUAGAACCGGCCGCACCCUUGCAGGAUCUUACCGUGCUCGCUGACGGUGCCGUCAACACAGCUGCUUCUGCGCUUAACGAGACAUAUCAACCAGAUAAACUUCAGGACGAUUCCAAUGAGCACUUCGGUCAUUACAGAGGCAAUUCAACGAGUUCAGAACACAGAAUUUCUCUCGAAAGAUCAGUGACCCUCAAGCGCAAGUUUGCUCGUUCAGAUCGAAAGAUCAGUAGCCUCAAGCGCAAGGUUGCUCGUUCAGAUCGAAUGAUCAGUAGCCUCAAGGAAGAAGUCAAGAGCCUCAGGGGCAAGACCAUUUGUUCAGAUCGAGAGAUCAGUAGCCUCAAGGACGAGGUUGCUCGUUCAGAUUGCGAAAACAUCAGGUUCCGGGCGGAGCAUCCUGCUUCUGAUCGCGAAAUGUCAAGCCUGUGGGGCAAGGUUCAAGACCUCAAACAAGAAGUGUGCAACGUUACCAAUGCACUCGGACAACUCCAACUGGUAAUUCUUCCCUUGCAUGUGUCAUGUUUGGUGGUUGACGUCUCUCAGGUUAUGUCGUCUCUAAUGCCGGUACAGCGGCACAAGCUGCUAGAGUCUGCAACAAAAAAAACAUCACUAAUCUCACCGGCAAGGAUUGGGAUCCACAGAUGCCACGGAAAACCAUACGACAUAUUUACCGGGAUCUGCAAAGCAAAUUCAUGUGCCACUAUUUGUCACAGGACGCGCUCAAUUUCCUUGCUGACCACAGUACCAUUCAAAAUGAAGGUAACAUGGCAGCUCACAAUGCCACAGCGGGCGACAUUUGGAUGGCCUUCACGAUGGACCCAUACUUCUCCGUUGAUGACCACACGAGAGCCAUACAUGAGAAUUUAUUCGCAUUUGUCUACCAGCAACCACUUCAUCAGCACGUUGCGAAUUGAUCCAAUAUUUUCCCAUUG